CCUCAAAAUCCGACCGUCUCCAACUCUCCAUUCGUAAUUCAUACUUUGUUACGUUCAAGAAAAUCCAAGAUUCGAAUUACAAAUUAGUUUCUGAUUUAGUUACUUAAUUCUCUCUAAAAACCUCUAAUCGAUCGAUCAACCUAGUUAUCUUAUUACGGAGUAUUGUAGUACGUAUAUCUGAGUUAAUUCAAUAACAAAUCAUGGCGGACAAUAAUCCAUCCAACAACCAGAAGAGGAAGAACGUCGAAGAAGAUGAUGGUCUUAAUCUUUGUCUUUCUCUCUCCUCUUUUGCCACCAGAACUGAAACAACCCAGAUUCCGACGACCACCAUCCAUUCCACCGUCAACAACGAAAUCCAAGCCACUGUGCAUGCCACCGCCCAUUCCACCGCCCAUGCCACCGUCAACAACGAAACCCAAGCCACCGUCAACAACGAAACCCAAGCCACCGUCCAUUCUACCGUCAACAACCAAAUCCAAGCCACCGUCAACGAUGAAGUGAAGGGUGAAACAAUCCGACCACCAUUCCCAUGGGCGAAGGACCGACGUGCGAAAGUCCAUUCGAUGAACUAUUUGGUUGCUAAUCGAAUAAACACAAUUUCCGGUGAAGUGAAAUGCAAUAAAUGUGAGCAAGUUUCGACCCUAAAUUUUAACCUUCGCGAGAAGUUUCAAGAAGUUGAUAAUUUCAUGCAGACGGAGGAACACGACAUGCACAACCGUGUGUAGGAGAUAUGACUAAUAGCAGAUUAAAUUUGAAUGGCUUAUAUGAAAUUAUGUCGUGGCGUGACACCAAUCACUGCCCUAAAGUUGAAUUUGCCCCGCUACACACACGCGGACUCAUGGCAAUCAACCCCUAGGGUUACACGACUCCUCAUUUCCGGUGUGGACGGAUACGAAGAUUGAGAACACCCUUAAGCAAUGCCCAGAACAAUAGUCGAUUUUGUGUUUGUAUUUUUGGAGAAG